GCUGGAGUACGCAAAAGCCAUGCGCAUGGCUACAAACACCAUGAUGUCAUGCAAGGACGAAAUCAUCAGAAUGAAUGUGAAACCAACCGCAGUAAACGACAUGGACAGACUGUGCACACUACUGAGAGCUUGCUUCGCUUACGGCAGCUACACCAAUGAUACGGUCGACCAGUUCAGACAAUCCUACAUGCACUGCAUUGACAAGAUACUUCACAUGGCCCAAGUCUUGAAUCCGCGAUUCUUUGGAACCCACAGCGUAAAUGCUACAGCUAUUGUUGAAGCCUUCACAAGGUGCAGCUACAACCUAAUCCCUGUUGAAUUAAAGUACUCACUCGCCGCCGUCUCAUUCUUUAAGGACUUUGUUUCUGGGUGAACGAUUGUGUGGUAAAUAAACCGAGGC